CGCCCUUGAUUGCUCUUAUGAUUGCAGCUGAGAACGAGCCCUUAGGCUGUAUGGAACUGAUAGUGACAACGCUCUCAGUGCUGUUUUUCAUUUUGACGUGCCCGAUUUCCGUGUUCUUCUGCCUGAAGAUUGUGGCCGAGUACGAGCGUGCGAUCAUCUUUCGGCUGGGCCGUUUGUGCGGCGGUCCCCGUGGUCCGGGCAUGUUCUUCGUGCUACCCUGCAUCGAUCAGUACCGCAAGGUGGACUUGCGCACAGUUACAUUCAAUGUGCCGCAGCAGGAAAUGCUGACCAAGGACUCGGUGACGGUGACUGUAGAUGCGGUCGUCUAUUAUCGCAUCCAUGAUCCACUGUUCGCCAUAGUGCGUGUGGAGGACUACAGCACAUCGACCCGCUUGCUGGCUGCCACCACUCUGCGCAACAUUGUGGGCACGCGCAAUCUCACCGAGCUGCUUACCGAGCGCGAGACCCUGGCCCACAAUAUGCAAUUGACCCUGGACGAGGCCACCGAGCCCUGGGGUGUAAUGGUGGAACGUGUCGAAAUUAAGGAUGUGUCGCUGCCCGCCUCUAUGCAGCGCGCGAUGGCCGCAGAGGCGGAGGCGUCACGUGAUGCCCGUGCAAAGGUGAUUGCCGCCGAAGGCGAAAAGAAGUCGGCAACUGCCCUCAAAGAAGCCUCUGAUGUCAUUUCCUCCAGUCCAUCCGCUUUGCAGCUUCGUUAUCUGCAAACGCUAAGCAGCAUUUCAGCAGAGAAGAACUCAACUAUUGUGUUUCCACUGCCUAUGGAGCUGCUGACCCCGUAUCUGGCCAAGUAUAUGCCAAUCGUGCCGUUGCCACCAAAGCCUCCGCAGCUAUCAUCAGAUCUGCUCAAUGAACAGCAUGCUACAUAUCCCCAGCAAACAAUUCUCUAAUUAAUGCGUACAUACACACAUACAUACACAUGUAUAUAACA